AUGCAUCAUCUAUCGUUGCCAUUGCUCUCCACCUUGCUAUUGCUACCUUUUUUGACGAAAUCCUCGCGAGCGGAAACAAAUAAGCACUAUGCAAUCAUGGAUAACGAUUGGUCAACAACUGGCUUCGUGCCGUAUCUCAUCGCCCUAGAUGGAGAUAUUGAGAUUCUUGCCCUGGCCUCAGAUACUGCAAACAACUGGCAACCUCAAGGUGCCCUCCAUGCUGUCGCAACUCUAGAAGCUGGAAAUCUAUCUUGCAUCCCGGUCUAUCCUGGCGCGACGUUCCCGCUUAUAAACAACCCACAGCGCUUGAAUGCCUGGCAAGAAAUCCAUGGCAAGCUGCCCUGGCAGGGUGCUUUCGCUCCGGAGAACACAACUGCCGAAGCAGAGGGGAAUGAUCCUACAUCUGGGAACCCGAACCGCAUCGUCAAAGCUGCCUUCAAGGAAGGAUUUCCAAAGGGAACACCUCAAAACACUACCUCUGCUGCAAACUUCAUGGUAGAGAUGGUGCAUAAGUAUCCUGGUCAAGUUAGUAUCUAUUCGGCUGGAGCCCUGACGAACGUUGCGCUCGCGGUUCGUAUGGAUGAACGAUUUGCAGAACUGGCAAAGGAGUUGGUGAUCAUGGGUGGAUAUGUCGACUUGAAUCUUUUGAUGGCGACAGGCAGUAUACUACUAGCUGAUCUUCAGUCCGAUAUCAAUCUCAUGAUCGACCCUGAAGCGGCAAAGAUUGCGUUAACUGCGAAUUUUCCAAAUAUCACUAUUGCUGGCAAUGUCGCCAAUCAGGUCUUCCCUAGCCAAGAGUUUGCGGAUGAAGUCUACUCGGUUCCCAACCCUUACAGCAAGCUUUUCUAUGAUUAUUAUGAUCUUUCUUUCCCGUUUUGGGAUGAGACUGCUGCCGCCCUGAUGGUAGAUCCUGGCAUUGCUAUUAACAGGACCGAAGUUUAUCUGGAUGUUGAUAUCUCUUACGGAAGUCCGAAUUAUGGAAACAUACACGUCUACCAGAAGGAUUUAGCGCCAAGUGGGAUUAGGGCCGUGAAUUAUGUCUUCCAGGUCGAUGCAACGAGAUUGAAGCAGCGCAUCAAGCAUGCGCUUCAAUAUCCGAAGUCUUGUGCCGAUCUUGGAUAA